AUGCCCACCCCCCUCCCCAUAGUCGGCGCAGGAAUAAGCGGCCUAACACUAAGCCGCGCCCUCCGACACCUCAACAUCCCCUCAACCUUAUACGAAAAAUCCCCCUCCCCCCCACCCCACAACUACGCCAUAACCCUCUGCCCGACGUCCUACACCCCACUCCUCCCGAUCCUAGGCAUAGACGAGCGCGCAUUCAGGGCGCGCGUAGCAGUCGACAGGCGGGAUGGCUCGGGGGAAUUCCGCGCGCAUCGGGGCCGGCUCGAGGAGCUGCUGCGGGAGGGUGUGGAUGUGCGGUGGGGAUGUGGUGUUGAAGCGGUGGUUGAGGGCGGGGAAGGGGGAGUGAAGCUGCGGUUUAGCAACGGGGGGAACGUGCAGAGUAAUAUGGUUGUAGGUGCAGAUGGCGUGCAUUCCGCGCUACGGACCGCGCUGAUGCCUGGUGUACACCCCGCUGUCCUGCCUUUCGUCGCGUUUAAUGGGCGGCGACGUGUGUCUCGCGAACUGUUCCAGGAGCGCUAUGCGCCUGCGUUAAGGGGCGCGAAUGUGCUUGAAUCCUCGCUCGGGGGGGUGAAGCUGCAGGUUCAUGUCACUGAUAACCCUCCCCCCUCCCCUUCCGCAAAACCCAGCGCUUCCGUAGGCGUGAGCUGGAUAUUCUCGCGCGCGUCACGCGGCGCCGACGACGCCUUGUAUGCGCCGCAUCGCCCCAAAGCGGGCGCAACGGAGACGCCGCCCGCGUUCUUCGCCGAGGUGCAGAGCCUGCAGGAGGGCCUCGAGCAGCCGUUCGCCGAUAUAUUCGACGUUGCGAAGUUGCGCCGAGAGCGGAUUCUGAGCUGGUUGAUGCGGACGGUGCGGGUGCCUGUGGGGGAGCUGCGGGCGUGGGGGGAGAAGGGCGUGCUGUUUGUGGGGGAUGCGGUGCAUGCGCAGCCGAUUCUGGGUGGGGGUGGGGCGAAUGCGGCGAUUGCGGAUGGGUUGAAGAUGGCGGAGUUUAUUGCAGGGAGGAAGGAUGGGGAUGGGGGGUGGGCGGGCUGGUAUGAUGCGCGGUAUGCUGAGUGGGAGCGGGGGGUUGAGGGGAGUGAGAGGCGGAUUGGGGAGAUGCAUGCGAAGCUUUGAAGGAGGGAGCUAGGACUGGGGUAUUGUCUCGGUGAUGUGAAGUAAUGUGGUAUGUGUACCGGGUUAGUGAUUGAAUUUUUUGGCCUGGGUUGCAGUAGGUGAUGUUGAUGUAUUGCUGUCGGGGCAUGCGAGC